AUGGCCAGCACCGGUGUUAAUGUCGUCCGAUGGGGAGCUUUGGUCUUCGGUGUCUUCUACGGCUUCACACACCAGCAAGCCAUCCACGCAAAGGACAAGCUAGCUGCAUCCCAGCACGAAUACGAACAGAAAUCAAAGCUCAUAUCCGAGGCCAAGGCCAAGUUCGCCGAGAAGAACUCGCCUAGCAAGGGUGACGGCAUAAUAACGAACCCCGAAGACCCCAAGUUCGAUCUCGAGAAGUAUUUCGAGAAGGUGGCCAAGGAGAACCCGUAA